AUGUGCCUGCAUGUUUGUACAUGUGCACAUGCUAGCUACCAACUUUUGCAGGCAGAUCGCCUGGCAACCGGCAAUGGCAUCCUGCGACAUGCCAACGGUAGCUUCUAUGAUGGGGAGUGGUCUGCCGGGCAAGCAACCGGCUUCGGUCGCUUCACACACACGGAUGGCUCCACCUACGAGGGUCAAUGGUGUGGAAAUCAACAGGAUGGAAGUGGCCAGGAACUGUGGCAAGAUGGCUCCAGCUUCGAAGGACUGUUCAGGCGAGGCAGACGCUAUCACGGCAAGGUACUUUGGGCAAGCGGCUGGUACGAGGGCACCUUCUUCAAUAAUCAGCUGCAUGGUCAAGGAACUUUAUAUCGACGCGACAAAGUGUACACCGGAAGCUGGGUCCGUGAUCGCAUGGAGGGACACGGGCAGGAGACCUGGCCAGAUGGGCGCUGCUACCGCGGCAGCUACCUGAAGGAUCACCGUCACGGGGUUGGAUGUUUCAGGUGGCGCGAUGGACGCCAGUACUGCGGUCAGUGGGCUGAAGGCUGCCAACACGGCAAGGGCCGUCACUCGACUUGGACUUGGGACAGGGUCUGCUUUUGCUGA